AUGGGAUUUAUUUAUGGUGUAAUGGAUAAAGCAAUAGAAGAAAUAACAACUAAUUUGGGAGGACAAGUGGCAGAUUACAAAGAAAUUUGGGAUAUCAUUGAUGAGAAGUGGGACUACCAAUUGCAUCAACCUUUGCAUGCGGCUGCUUAUUUUUUAAAUCCACAGUUUCAGUAUGAGUUUUCUUUUCCUAUGCAUCCAGAAGUUAAAACUGCCUUGUAUAUUUGUAUUGAUAAUUUGAUUACAAAUCGAGUAGGACGAGAUUUUGCUGAUAUCCAACUUGAUCAAUUCAAGAAGAAAAGAGGAUUGUUUGGCCACCCACAAGCACAAUCAACAAAUAAGUUGCGUUCUCCUGCUGAUUGGUGGGAAGCAUUUGGAUAUGAAACCAUGAAGCUCUCAAAAUUUGCACAAAAGGAUAGACAUUUAAAGCAUAAAUCACUCAAUGAGAAUGAUUGUGAUCCACUUGUUUAUGAAGACAUUCCAUCCAAUAAUGAAUGGAUAAUUGAUGAUGAUGUUGAUGACGAUGGUCAUGAAAUGGAAGUGGAAGAAGAAGAAAUGCAAGGAAGUUCACGUCCAUCAAAAAAGAGUAGGCCUACUAAUGACAAACGGAAGGCACCAAUGUUGAUCCAUGAAGAUAUGAAUUGGGAUGAUAUUGAAUUUAAUGAUGACAGUGACAAAGAUGGUGAUGACAAUGAUGAUGGUAGUGAAUAA